AUGCUAGAGUGUGUUGGGGUUGGAAAGGAAUGUAGAGCACUACCGCAAUUCUCCGGUNNNNAUAUGGUUGCCGCUACCCUUCAUCGUUGGCUCCUAUUCUUAUGA